AAAAACUGUUCGUGAUGUGGGGAAGAGAGGUCCCUGUUGGGUGAGGAAUCGGGAAGGCCCGCCCAGAUUCGGGCCCCCCGCCCUUCUUCCCUGGGUCGGGGGCGCGGGCGAAGCUGGGGCCGGCGGGCACCGAGCGGCGCCGGCGGGACUGAGUCCGCAGCGGGCGGCGAGGCGGGGCUGGGCAGCCAGGCAGCCAUGCCUACCUGGGGGGCUGGCUCCCCGUCCCCUGACCGCUUUGCCGUGUCUGCGGAGGCCGAGGACAAGGUGCGGGAGCAGCAACCCCAUGUGGAGCGCAUCUUCAGGGUGGGGAUGAGCGUCCUCCCGAAGGACUGCCCUGAGAACCCUCACAUCUGGCUGCAGCUGGAGGGCCCCAAGGAGAACGCCAGCAGAGCCAAGGAGUACUUGAAGGGUCUCUGCAGCCCGGAGCUGCAGAAUGAAAUCCACUAUCCGCCCAAACUGCACUGCAUCUUCCUGGGGGCACAGGGCUUCUUCCUCGAUUGCCUGGCCUGGAGCACAUCAGCCCACCUGGUGCCUGGGGCGCCCGGCUCACUGAUGGUCAGCGGCCUGACUGAAGCCUUCGUCAUGGUCCAGAGUCGAGUGGAGGAGCUGGUGGAGCGGCUGAGCUGGGACUUUCAGCUGGGGCAGUCUGCUGGAGCCUCUCAGUGUGCUGGAGUGCUGAGAGACUUCUCUGCCCUGCUGCAGUCCCAGGGGGAUGCCCACACCGAGGCCCUGCUGCAGCUGCCCCUGGCCGUCCAGGAGGAACUGCUGAGCCUGGUGCAAGAGGCAUCCAGGGCGCAGGGGCCCCAAGCCUUCCCCUUCUGGGAGCCGGGGAGCCCUGGCCUGCUGGGUGCUCAGCAGCAGGGAGUCAGGGCUCCCCUGAGUGAAGGCAGGGAGUCCCUGGACACAGGACCUGUAGGGUGGCAAGAGUCAAGGGGAGAGAGACAUGCUAUGGAGAAGGAGGGAGCAAAGCAGAGUGGUCCCAGGGAGAUGGAUUUGUGGCGGAAGGAGCUGCUCGGGGAAGAGGCCUGGGAGAGACAAGUGGCCUUCAGGUCACAGUCAGGGGGAGGAGAGGCAGGGCAGGCAGGGGCCUUGAAAGGGAAGGCCCUGGGGAAGGAGGGGCUGCCCCAGGAAAGAGGAAGGUUCUGGGUCCAGGGUGAGCCUCCUGGUGCCCAGGGCCCCUGUCAGAAGGCAGCUCAGCUCCGGGGAGCCUCCCUCCUCCAGCGGCUCCAUAAUGGGAAAGCCUCACCACCAAGAGUGCCCAGCCCCCCACCUGCACCCGAACCCCCGUGGCACUGUGCAGACCGAGGGGACAGAGGAGACAGGGCAGAAAAGCAGCAGGCCAUGGCUCGAGGUCGGGGGUCUCCGUGGAAACGAGGCACCCGGGGGGGCAACCUGGUGACCGGCACACAGCGUUUCCAGGAGGCCCUCCAGGACCCUUUCACCCUGUGUCUUGCCAAUGUGCCCGGCCAGCCAGACCUCCGCCAUAUUGUCAUUGAUGGCAGCAAUGUGGCCAUGGUGCAUGGCCUCCAGCACUACUUUUCCAGCCGGGGCAUUGCCAUUGCCGUGCAGUACUUCUGGGACCGAGGCCACCGCGACAUCACCGUCUUUGUGCCUCAGUGGCGCUUCAGUAAAGAUGCCAAAGUCAGAGAGGGUCACUUCCUGCACAAGCUGCACUCCCUCAGCCUGCUCUCUCUCACUCCUUCCCGGGUCUUGGAUGGCAAGAGGAUUUCCUCAUACGACGACAGGUUCAUGGUGAAGCUGGCUGAAGAGACCGAUGGGAUCAUCGUCUCCAACGACCAGUUCCGGGACCUGGCGGAGGAAUCCGAGAAGUGGAUGGCAAUCAUCAGAGAGCGCCUGCUGCCCUUCACCUUCGUGGGAAACCUCUUCAUGGUGCCUGAUGACCCGCUGGGGCGAAACGGCCCCACACUGGAUGAGUUUCUGAAGAAGCCAGUCAGGGCACAGGGGUCUUCUAAGGCUCAGCAUUCCUCCAGGGGCUUUGCAGAACCUGGUAAUCAGCAGCAGGGGAGAAAAGAGGAGGAAAAAGGCAGUGCUGGCAUUCGGAAGACGCGGGAGACAGAGCGGCUCCGGCGCCAACUGCUGGAAGUGUUCUGGGGCCAGGAUCACAAGGUGGACUUCAUCCUGCAGCGGGAGCCAUACUGCCGGGACAUUAACCAGCUCUCCGAGGCCCUGCUCAGUCUCAACUUUUGAGCCUCACGUCUCUGAGUGGCUGCCACCCCAUCAGCUUCAGCCUCACCCAGCUCAGCUCAUUCUGUGAGGGUCCCUCUGCUGCUCAGACCCUGACCCAGACUCACCCUGAGUUGGUGCUUUGGGUCAGGGAAGCACUGAGUUAGAGCAUUUGUGGUGUGGGGAAUGCUCUUGCCUGGGGCACUUUGGGGACAGGUCCAGAAGUGACCUGAUCUCUUCUUGAGCCAGGACCUCAACCAGCUCUCAGGAGGUUCUGCUCAGUUUUAACUUCUCAACCUUGCCUUAUGCAGGGUUUCUGUAGGGAGUGGGGUCUGCUGGAAAGGGUGGGUCCUGGAGAUUGGGACGGCCGGCCCCUCCUCCACGUUGAGCUGGGGAUGGAGGCUAGGGAGGCUAGGGUGGGCGGGAGGGGAAUGUGGAACAGGUGACAAGGAAGCUAAGCCUUUCCUCCUCUUGGCUCCUGCUCUGAUGGCCAGAGGACAGGACGCUUCCCAGUCCUGGCUGGGCUCCUGGGCACAUCGAAGGGAAUGCUGGGCCCUGGAAAGGCUAGUGUUCUGGGGUCUGGGUCACACUGGGGCAGCAGGGAGCUGGUGGAGAAGGCAGAGGGAGACUUGGCUUCUGGUUUCAGCUCUUCCUGUCUGUGACCUUGAUUGAUCUUGGUCUUUACUUCUGCCUACGAGGGUAAAGGGUAAGAAUGCCUGUUGGGAGGAGAGAGGAGAACACAGAGGAAAGCUCCUGGGAGGAAAGGUACUUGGACCAAGUCUCAGGUGUGUCUGUGGCUGCACAGGUGUCCUAACCAAAACCUCCUCUUUCCCCAGGGCCUGUGCCCUAGAUUUGAACACUGCAUCCUCAGUAUAAUGUGCCCUGUAAUGGCUGCAUCCCUUUGGGCAACCCCCCAAAUCCACAUUUACAGAACAGUUAAUUAGGGGUGGCUGUUGGCAUUACCAGAAUACUCUCAGGGUUCGUUCCUAUCAAUGGCAGCUUUCCUGUUGCAUUCAGGUGUUUACAGAUGAACGAAUGUGUCAGAAAGUCCCCAGUCCCCGGUUACCGCACUUGCUCAGGCAUUGAGCAUUCAGCAAACCGAUGAAGCCAUGCUCUGUGAGGACAACGUUCAUGUGCUCUGACCCUAGUGUUUUCUCUACCAAACACAUAUGUUGCAUAAAGCAAAGCCCACUUCUGCUC